UGUACAUUCUCGGUGAACUCUCUAUCUCCCUCCGUCAACAGCGCCUUCAGUAGCAUCAUAUCAUUAGUGAGAUCCACUCCUCACCUGGUAAAUCUAAGUUAAGGGUCAAUAAUUUUUUCUGUAGUUCAUUUUUCUUCUUCAGCUGUACUUUGUCCUCAUUUCAUUUGGUAAAUCUUUAAUCACAAUAAAAGUUCAUGCAAAUCAGUAAACCUGAUGGACAUUUUAUAUUUUGAUUAAUUACAUUUAUCUUUAGAUAAACUUUUCACCUGCUAAUUGGAAUAGAGAGUAAAAUUUAUGAAAAAUCAACCAGUGAUCAGCAAUCCACUUCUCGUGAGCCGCAUGCUGCGUCUUGAGCGAAAAGAUGGAGUUGUUUUUGUUUACUGACCUCUAAUGACAUGUAAACAAUCCAGCCAUUGCUGGAGCGCACUAAAUAUUUUCUUACAAGAUAUACUUUCAAAAAAUUGCCCCUCACUUAAAAAAGGGUGCUGACCCCUGUAUUAACCAAAGAAAUGACCUUGCAGUGUAAUGUCAAUGAUCAUGUGAACCACGAACGGUCAAGUCUGACAUGUCUUUGACGAGCUGGGGCUUCAUGUAAAGCUACUGCUCAUCACAAAGUUCAAUGCCUAUUCAUAGCUGUGGCACAUUUUUAGCAUGACUGAUGGCAUGACUGAUGGCAUGACUGAUGGCAUGACUGAUGGCAUGACUGAUGGCAGACUGAUGGCAUGACUGUUGGCAUGAAUGAUGGCAUGACUGUUGGCAUGACUGAUGGCAUGACUGUUGGCAUGACUGUUAGCAUGACUGUUAGCAUGACUGUGGGCAUGACUGGGAGCAUAACUUUUAUCAUGACAGUUGGCUUGACGGUUGACACUGCCGUUUGAGAAUGUAUAAUUAUAAGAUCCUUUUUUUUGUAUCAUUAAUUUGAAUUAAUUUCCCAUUCCUGACUUAUCUCCCAUGCGCAAUCUCCAAUUAUAAAUAGUGGUUUAACUUGAAGAAUUCAAUUUUUUAUCAUGUCUGCCCAUUUUAUCGUAGGUUAGUACCCAAGAGUGUGAAGAGCCGGUUGAGUUUUUCACCCAUGAUUCAGCGCCAUUGGAAAGCAGUGACAGCGUCCUUUACGUGAAAAGUAAACGAAAACCCAAAUAUGAUUCAGUCUCACUCAAUAUGGAGAUGGAGGGGUCUUCAGGAAAUUUUUUCAAAAUUUCAAACUGUUCCAAGUCAUCUUUACCAGAGAAUUUAAAUUGCAUUGGUAAAUAUGAACAAAAUGUUCACCAAUUUGGGCCAGUGCGCGAUCAAGAUAACAUGCAAGGUUUUGGUAGAAAUGGUCAUCAACAGUCAGGCUCUAGGAUUUCUGUUGCGAGUCCAUCAACUUCAGAGUACAAUGAAGAUGGUGUCAGUAAUGAUAGUGAAGAUGAAGUAUUCCAGUAUCCCCCUCUUAAGAUUAUCUCCAAGAAGCCUAAGGUGUCAUCCAUGGAUGGGGUAUCACAGAAUUCCAAAUACUUACCCACCGACUUAUCCAAACCAGUGUUCUCUGCACCCUUUUUUGAUGAGUGCCUGAACCAACGGGAGCCUCCAGGAACCAACAUAUCAACCAGUCUUUAUUUCGGCAGCUCGGCCGUCUCCUUGCGGGCUCCAGCAACUCAAACACACCCAGGGUUUAUAUGUUCAGGAGAUUCUCAGACUUCGUUCCUACUCCCCGCAGAGACAGUCCAGGCCAUCCUACCUGUAUCUAAGUCAGUGAUGGACCUCCUGGUGAUCUUACAACGAAUUUGUGGCUUCUCAAACAGUCUGGUCACCACAGUCUUCAACUUUGGUUUGACUCCGUCCAGUGGUCAGACAUCGAGACAGCUCUCAACUGACCCACUUGAACGGGAGGAGAAAACCUCAAGGCGGCGUAGUAGCGCCUCAACUAAAAGAGACGUUGUGGGUUCUCAAGCUACUGCUACAUCCAAAAAAAUAGAAUCCAGUGGAUUGACUUCAAGUUACACGGAUGGAAAUUUCAUACCUAUUCAGAAGUCAAAUCUAUUACCUUGUUCGUCCUUGAGUGGAAAGAGACUGACAAGUGCCACACUAAUCUCUGUGAGCAGUUGUGAGGAUGACGUUAAUGAUGGCAAUGAUGUAGGUGCACCAGACAGUGAUGUAGGUGCACCAAGCACUGGUGUAGGUGCAACAGGCAUUGAUGCAGGUGCACCAAGCAGUGAUGUCGGGGCAUCAGGCAAUGAUGUAGGUGCACCUGGCAAUGAAAGCUGUGACCCCAAACUGCAGUUCAACAGAUAUAAAUGUCUGCUACAUUUGCAUCUACAAAAGGUAAUUAUAAAAAUUGAAAAUAGUCAUUUAAAUAACUUGUAUAUAUUUUUGGGUAACUUAUGGGUGGGCCACAGUAAGUUAACUGGACGAGUGAACAUAUAACAAGGCUUAAUUCAAUGUUUUCAGUGAGAUGAAGUCAAGUGAAGCAAAAAUAUAUGUAACAUUCACUUUGCUAGGAGAUUCAGUUGUAUUUUUUAAUAGCGGGCGUAAAAAAUUAGACGGUCAGUGGAUUAUUAUCCUUUUGACUGAAAGAAAGGUUGAGUGGAUAUAUGGAUUGGGUGGCACAGUGGGUUUUUUAAUUUGUCCCAUCUAUUUCACUAAAACAUAGAAUUUCUGAUCAUAUAUCAAUGAGAAAUGUGCAUGACACAUAAUUUAAUUAAUGCCAGCAUCUGUGAGAGAUGUAGCAAGUGCUACAAUAAUGCCAGUAUCUGUGAGAGAUGUGACCAGUGCUACAUUAAUGCCAGCAUCUGUGAGAGAUGUGACCAGUGCUACAUUAAUGCUAGCAUCUGUGAGAGACGGGACCAGUGCUACAUUAAUGAAACAAUCUGUGACAGAUAUGGCUAGUGCUACAUUAAUGCCAGCAUCUGUGAGAGAUGUGGCAAGUGCUACAUUAAUGAAAUAAUCUGUGAGAGAUAUGGCCAGUGCUACAUUAAUGCCAGCAUCUGUGAGAGAUGUGGCCAGUGCUACAUUAAUGCCAGCAUGUGUGAGAGAUGUAGCAAGCGCUACAAUAAUGCCAGUAUCUGUGAGAGAUGUGACCAGUGCUACAUUAAUGCUAGCAUCUGUGAAGUCCUAAGUAUAGUAGGCUACAGCGUGAAAGGAUCAUAAAAAGACAGAUUCUAGUCUGCUCCUGCUAGUGUUUGAAGUUGGGUCAUGCUUUUAAUUAAUUGGGUUAAAAGUUGUUUGUUUUCCCAUCCAAUGACAAUCAGUCUAAUAUUACAGGUUCAACCUUUCACCCAGAAAAAUUAUAGGGGAGAAGGGCUGAAUCCUAAUCACGAUUUUGCUUGAACUGUCACACGUCUGAAUCCAAUAAUAACAAGGGAGAUUACUUGGGUUAUCCUACUGCAAUGGCAAACUGGGGGGAAGAUGGGUAUUAUUUUACAGGGCGAGUUUAUGGUGGAAAAAUUUGAUGAUGUCCAGCCCCCAACUAUCACAAUGUGACCAUUGCUACAGUAAUGACAGUAUCCAUGAGAUGUGUGACCAGAGCUAGAGUAAUGACAGCAUCCAUGAGAUAUGUGAACAGAGCAAUAGUAAUGACAGCAUCCAUGAGAUAUGUGACCAGAGCAAUAGUAAUGACAGCAUCCAUGAGAUAUGUGACCAGAGCAAUAGUAAUGACAGCAUCCAUGAGAUAUGUGACCACAGCUAUAGUAAUGACAGCAUCUGUGAGAGAUUUGACCAUGCUACAGUAAUUCCAGCAUCCGUGAGAUAUGUGAACAGUGCUACAGAUCUGUUUACUUUUACAAUUUUGGCGUACAAUGUAUGAUUUUGAGGUGUAUACAUCACAUUUACUGUAUAUUUAUUUUUUACUAUUAAGAUAAUGUAUUGAACGAUUUUGUGAUGAUAUUGUACGAUUUUUAGAGUUUGAGGGUAAACAGGUCUGGUGCUACAGUAAUGACAGCAUCCAUGAGAUAUGUGACCAGUGCUACAUUAAUGCCAGUAUCUGUGAGAGAUGUGGCCAGUGCUACCAGGGCCGGCCUUAGGCCACUGCAACCUAUGCGAUCGCAGCUGGCCCAGCACUUUCAUAGCCCCCGCGCUAAUUAAAUAAAAUGCAAAGACGAAUUUAUUUUCUAAUACAAAAUCUUAAUUUUCGCUUAUUAUCCUUAUCACUACCCAGACUGGGCCCCUCAAUUGUUAGGGCCGGCCCUGAGUGCUACAUUAAUGCCAGCAUCUGUGAGAGAUAUGGCCAGGGUGACAUAGACAAGACUGGUAAUGACAUUUAUUGCUUAUUAAUCUUUUUAGAAAUAUGAGUGAGAUGGGUCACAUGAUUAUAACUCUUUCUUUCUGAUCAGGUCAACUAUAAGGUAAACCCAAUUUCUAUUCUUAUGUUACAGACCAUGUGCCAUCUACUGACCACAUACUCCAUCAAUAUGUUGUGCAUGGACUUGUGCGCCACACCUAAAAAUGCUUCAAGGCGACUUAUUGGUCAAAAAGUAAGGAAACAACUCUUUCGUCUAUUUUAAUGUUUGUCUCCCUUAAAAUCUGCAGACUUGAUCAUAUUCUCACAAAUAACUACUGCACAGCUGACAAUUUUUUUAUAUUUUUCUUCUCUCCACAAGUUGAUUGAGGCAAUAGAUAUUUACCAGAAGGCUGGUCUCGUGUGGAGCUGCAGACAUCAGGUGGAGAAGACUCACCCCUGUCUCUACUAUCACAAUCGUAAGGCACAGUAUCUCAGUGAGCGCCAUGAGCCAAUAACACAGCACAUGUGUACCAGAAUCAACAACGUGUUUGCCUGCCUGCACACGCUGGAGGUAUAUCAUGUGAAGUUAAAGGAAGUCAUGGCUGUAGACAGUUGUCCGCCAUCGGAUGGAGCAAACUGUGGCCAAAAUUCAUCCAUUCCAGUUUUAAAAAAUGGUAAACUUAGAAUUGUUCCUGAAUCUAUAAUAUUACAAAAAUUAUUUUGCUUUUAACCACAUUUGUUUUAAUAAGCACACAUACCUCUUGCCAUCUUGAAUAAAAUCAUGUUUAUCACAAAAGCCUCAUCCUCGCUGACCUAUGACUUUUCACUAAUUCUAUAGCUUCAUCUCACUGACCUAUGACUUUUCACUAAUUCUAUAGCUUCAUCUCACUGACCUAUGACUUUUCACUAAUUAUAUAGCUUCAUCUCACUGACCUAUGACUUUUCACUAAUUCUAUAGCUUCAUCUCACUGACCUAUGACUUUUCACUUGUGCUAUAGCCUCAUCUUACUGACCUAUGACUUUUCAACAAUUUUAUAGCUUCAUCUCACUGACCUAUGACUUUUCACUAAUUCUAUAGCCUCAUCUCACUGACCUAAUUAUAUUCAACCUUACAUACAAUGUUUUCCAGAAUAGUAUUUUAAGAGGAAUAAUUGAAAACCUAACGCCACAUCCAAAGCCAACAUCCAAAGCCAAUAUCCAAAGCCAACAUCCAAAGCCAACAUACAAAGCCAACAUCCAAAGCCAACAUCCAGAGCCAACAUCCAAAGCCAAAAAUUAAUUUUUUGAAACCACUGUUAAGUAAAUGUUUUUAGUGGUAUUGGAUGACUGCAUUACAUAACAACUGUCUAGGUUACUGGCCAGAAUCAUUAAAUGAUGAAGAGAGCUUGCAUGACCUGAAGACCAGCAGUGACCCUCAGCUACACUCCUACUGGUUCCAAGAAUCCCUUCAAGUUAAGGAAAUGACAAGGCAACACCUGAUGUCAGUUCUAUGUGGGAUGUGUCGCCUGCUGGCCUUCAAGGUAAAGAAAUUGUUUAAAAAUAAUAUAGUCACCAACAGUUAUUUUUGAUCAUAUUAUUAAAAAAAAAUUUGUUGAAACAUUUUAUACACUAGACACGGACAUUGCUUAUAUUGUUGGAUAGUUACCAUUUCAAACAUUUUUCAACCAAAAUUUCUCUAAGUUUCCCAAUCAUAGUUUUGAAAUCUUCUUCUGUAAAAUUUUGAAAACUCGUCUUUGACUGUUGCAUCAGUGUCUGGGGUGUAAAAUCAGCAACUGUAACGGUUCUUCUUUCAUCACAAGUCUGCAUAAUGAGUUCACAACAAAACGUUAGUAACAAUCACAUCAACCGACAAUCUCAAUCAGUAAAAAAAUCUCAUCAACUGACAAUCUCAUCAACCAACAAUCUUAUCAAGCAACCAUCUCAAACAGUGGGUUGUCUCACUGCUGAACACCGAUGAACUACCGAGCCCUUCAAGGAACUAACUGGACACUGCCAAAGCUCACUGUGCUCCCAACAUCUACACACACUCACCUGUUUAUUGACAUUACGCCCUUCAAAUCAAUCACGUCUAUCAUCAUCAUUAGGGCCCUGGCCUGCUCCACCCCAUCCAUUCAUUGGGAUCGAUCCACAGCUUUCCAGCUUCAUGCUUGGACCCUCAGCUGAAGUACUUCCUUCUCUUCAUCGUCAGUCCGUCUUAGUCGUGGUCAACCGGUGACCCAUCUACCCUUAGGUUUCUGCCUGUAUAUCAAUUUUCCUACUCUACAAUCUGGCAUUCUUUCCAGCGCAUUCAGCCUUUUUUAUUGUUGCGACUAUGGGUGGGUCUUUGUAGAAUUGAUGUAUCUAUUGGUUUGUACGGCUAUGGGUGGGUCUUUGUAGAAUUAAUGUACCUAUUGGUAUGUGACAGAUUCUUCAAAUAUCAUUGUCUAUCAAUGGGCCAUGUAUUUUCCUGAAUAUGUUCUUUCCUCUCCUAUGUAUUGAGCAGGUUCUCUGCUUUUUUGAGUUUUCCGUUGUGCCUUAAAAUUAGUCUGUAGCAAGCAAUUUGGCGUGUAAUUGUGCGGUAAGAAUAACUGUGGAGUUCUUAAGUGAGGACAGAGUCUUGGAUUUUUGUUUAAACGGAGUUCUCGUUUGUCCUCUCCAAGAUCAGGGACACUCCUGUAGCCGUUUUGUCUUUGAAUGGUUGUUUUGAUCUUGCCAUUUGUUUACAAGAUGGCCUAUCAAUUUUUACCAAUAUGGCGCAUAUGACGUUGCCUUGGUUACUGCCAAUGAUGUUCCAACAAUCCAUGUAACCACUGUUUCUCGCGAUAAAAAACCAACAUAUUAUCUGUCAAAAGCAGACACAACACAUUCAACACGUCUUGAGUCCACCUGUCAAAGCAGACACAACACAUUCAACACGUCUUGAGUCCACCUGUCAAAGCAGACACAACACAUUCAACAUGUCUUGGUUCCAAAGAAAACUUGGUAAAAACCUCUAAACUAUUAAGCCAGAUACAGCAAUGGUUGGCUAUAUAAUGUUCCUGAUUGUUGUGGUUUUGUAAUGCUUCUCUUUACUUUCUUCUCCUCUUUUCUUUCAACCAUAGCCUACAGCUUCUUUCAGCUCUUCUCCUCUCUUCUUUCAACUAUUCCCCACAGCUUCUUUACCUUUACAAAUUAUCCCUUAAUUCUACUUACACCAAUUUCCAAUUAUUUUUAGUUAAACUUGUUUGUGAAAGAUGCCCUGCCACUCGUGCUCAGAAAGAAAGACACUCACUCUACUAUAGCUGAAAGUCUAGCACCGGUCACCACAUUCCUUCAAAAACAUCUGGAUUCCUUCAGCACCUGGCUCUAUCGCGACUGCUUCCGGAGAGUCUUGGAAAACAUAUGGGUUUACAUUGUGCAGGUAAAAAGAAGUGUAUUUAUUACCUGUGAUUUAUAUUCAAAUUGGUUUAAUUUCAAGUCUGUAGUGAUAUUUUAACUUUUGCUUAAUUUUUAUUGAAAGAAACUAUUGUAGAAAAUUGGAAAAUAACAAACGAGACAAAUGUAUGGUAGGUAUAUGCCGAAGCUACCUAAGAGCAGUAUGAUACCUUUGGGUGGGAAUAUUAUUUUUUCUCAAUAAUUUUGACUUUAACCUUAGUAUACCCAGAAUUGUAGUUUAUAGGGAAUACCCAAAAGAUUUGAAAAGGGAUAUUUCAUCCUCAAUUUUAUUUUCUAGUUUUUAUUUUAUUUUUGUUCUCCUUGAAAUUUUCCAAUGUUUAUUUUCAUGUUUGUUAUUUGCACUAGGACAUUGAGUCACACACAGCUAAGUUGUUGAGAUGUGAACCACCUUCUAGCCCCCAGGCUCAGAUGUGGAUGCUUGUUAUAAGUGUAAGAUAACCUUUAUCCUAAUAACUAUGGACUAUGGUUAAAGUUAGCUACCAUAGUGGUAACAGGUGUAGUGAUGUUACACCAAUGGUAGCAUUCACCUAGGGGAUGAAUCUUCACAAAACUAUUUUUCAAAUAAUUUUUGUUUUCUAUCUCUGAAAUUUCCAGGGCGUCUAAAGUUGUAAUCUCCAUGUGGCCAGCUGCCAUUCGCAGCCAAGUUAUAAAUAUAUACUCCACAUCCUAUACUGUCAUUAUGCCUCCUCUUCAAUCUAAGAUUAAAGUCACAAACAAUUCUGCCCAUUCCUGUAUGGUAUUCCCCAUCUAUAUUUAGCUGUUAUUUCCACAGCAUUUCAUGACCUUUAUGAACAAUGGUGGCCAAGGAAUAAACAGGGACCUGCUACUUGCCCAAGCCGUGAGUUAUUUCAUCUUCAUUUGACUUUAUCAAAUAAAAUAAUUAUACUUUUCAAAGUAGUUUUUUUAGAAUAUCAAUUUCUUAUAUAUGUGUAUAUUGUAAUUUAGUGAUAUCCAAUCCUCAUAAAAUUUAACUUGUCAUUUAAAAACUAAGAUUUUUUUUGUCUAACACUGUCAUCAAAUAUUUUUAAGGUUAGUGGAUAAUUUUGGAGCUCAUGAAUGAAACAAAAAUUUUAACUGGUUUUUAUUUGGUAGCAGUAGAUAAGAAGUUUCAAAGUUUGGGCGACGUGCUGACUAUGUGUAGCCAUGUAGAGUGGGAGAGAGGGGAAGCUCAGGGAAAUAGAGGGACAGCUUAGUGAGAGAGGGAAGAUCAGGGGGAUAGAGAGGGGGAGCUCAAGGAGACAGAUGGGGAGAGAGACUAGAGCUCAGGGAGACAGAGGAGGUGUUCAGGGAGACAAAGGGGGAGGAAAGAGAAGGGGGAGGCUCAGGGAUAGAUUUGGAGCUCAGUGAGCAUUUCAGGGGAGCAGGGAGAGAGAGGGAGCUCAUGGAGAGUGAGGGGAGAUAAGAGAAUGGGAAAUUUUUAUAAUGCCAUCACAAUGUAUAUGUUUUUAAAUUUUGACUAAGUUUAUCCUUGACAUGAUCUCAUCCCAAUGAAUUCUGAUACAAAUUUAUCUAAUAUUCUGUUCAGAGUUAUGUCCUCUUGGAGCUGGAGCUUCACACUUUGUCAACCGUACACUUGGUGGCUCUAUGUCAAAGUUUACGAGAAUAUGUGAGUUGACUUUUUGUUAAAAUUUACAGAAUGUUGGACUGAACAUUUAAAUAAAUAUUUGACUGAACAUGAAAUGAACAUUUGACUGAACGUAAAAGGAACAUUUGACUGAAGAUGAAAUGAACUUUUGACUGAACAUGAAAUGAUCAUUUGACUGAACGUGAAAUGAACAUUUGACUGAACAUGAAAUGAACAUUUGACUGAACAUGAAAUGAACAUUUGACUGAACAUGAAAUGAAUGUGAAAUGCUCAUUUGACUGAACAUGAAAUGAACUUUUGACUGAACGUGAAAGGAACAUUUGACUGAACAUGAAAUGAACUUUUGACUGAACAUGAAAUGAAUAUUUGACUGAAUGUGAAAGGAACAUUUGACUGAACAUGAAAUGAACUUUUGGCUGAACAUGAAAUGAACAUUUGAUUUGACGUGAAAGGAACAUUUGACUGAACAUGAAAUUAACUUUUGACUGAACAUGAAAUGAACAUUUGACUGAACAUGAAAUGAACAUUUGACUGAACAUGAAAUGAACAUUUGACUGAAAAUGAAAUAAACAAGUAGGAUGUUUCACAGGGUUUUUCUAGAUAGAAGGAUUGAUAGAUGUGGUGCAGCCAAUGUGGUGUAGAAGGAUUGAUAGAUGUGGUGCAGCCAAUGUGGUGUAGAAGGAUUGAUAGAUGUGGUGCAGCUAGUAUGGUGUAGAAGGAUUGAUAGAUGUGGUGCAGCUAAUGUGGUGUAGAAGGAUUGAUAGAUGGGGUGCAGCCAAUGUGGUGUAGAAGGAUUGAUAGAUGUGGUGCAGCUAGUAUGGUGUAGAAGGAUUGAUAGAUGUGGUGCAGCUAAUGUGGUGUAGAAGGAUUGAUAGAUGUGGUGCAGCCAAUGUGGUGUAGAAGGAUUGAUAGAUGUGGUGCAGCCAAUGUGGUGUGCACUGGCAGGUGUAUUUUACCUAUAUCAGAUCUAGGUAGGUGUGUCACAAAUUUCUAAAUGUGCCAUUGAUACAAAAAGGGACCAUAGACACUGACCUAUAGAGCCAUGGUCUGACCUAUAGAGACAUGGUCUGACCCAUAGAGACAUGGUCUGACCUAUAGAGACAUGGUCUGACCUAUAGUGACAUGGUCUGACCUGUAAAGACAUGAUAGAGAUAGUGUUUUCUAUUGUACUUUCAUGAUUCAUCAGUCGACUGAAGGGGAAAACACAAGCUGGGAAAAUGUUGACACGAAAAGACCGCCAGCCAUCAUUCACAAGAUCUUCAAAGAGCUUCAGUCAUUGCGCAAGUGUUUUAGUGGUGCCGAACUGGUGAAAUGGAUCUUAAAAAAUAGGGAUGCUUUGCCUGCAGGUACGUAUCCAUCUUUUUUGUAAGAUAAUCCAUUGAAAUUAGGUCAAUAAAUGUAUCAUUAAUCUGUGGAAGUGGGAGGGGUGUUAAGUUCUGUUUAUUUUUUAAGAAUCAUUUUUGGUGGUGCUGAAAUUUAAAUUGUUCUCUACAUUUAAGGACGGCUUGGCUUUUUUCAAAGAAACGUUUGGCCAGCAAAAUUAAAUGUAUUAUUGGAACUUGUGACAAUAUAACAACAUAAAUUGAAACAAUGAUUAUGACGCAGGAAUUCAGUUGUGUUGAGAAAUACUUGACCAGCACCUGUUCAUUUAAAUAUUGAACUUCUGGAUGCUUGAUAACUAUCUCUUUAAAGAAACUUGAACUUUUGGUAUUUUUAAUCUUACCUAGAUGUUGUUUUCAUUGUUGGUACCUGUAUUUUUAUCAAAGGAAAAAUGUGUAGGUUAGUGCGACAUUUCAUUGUUUGAAUGAUUUGACUUGGUCUGUUUUUCUCUCCUCUCUCCUGGUCAGACAUGGUAUUGCCAUCAGAGCCACUGACCAAGGAGUCCGCUACAGCCAUCUGCCAGAGUUUGCUGGACCAGAAUUUUAUAGUGGACUUGGAUACAGAAUUUUUCAGUAAGUCAGGUCAUGUGCAAAUAGUUAAUGUGUCUUAGGACUCUAGUGGCUAAAACUAUUCAUUCCAGAUGCAUAGUGUUAAUGUGUCUUAAGGCUUUGGUGGCUAAAACUAUACAAUGAAUUCUUUCAUGUUUUUGUUACUGUUUACAUAACUUUACAUGAUGACAUGACAGGUGUCAAAGUCACUUGAAUGUGAAGAUCCGUUUCGAAUUUUAGAGUGCCAUGUAAAAAUAGACUAGAUGACGUAAAUCAAAACCUACAAGUAUUUAUUUUUAUAUUAAUUUAUCUUUGGGUCUAACUGGUUAUUGAUUUCUACAGUCAAACAAAACACGGCAUUUUUAUACUAUUUCACAACUUCAUAUUUAGUUUUUCAUGUCAACCUAUCAAACUGUUCAAUUGAUUGGUUUCUCACAAAGUAUUCCUGUAACUGUAAGCCAAUCAAACUUUUCAAUGGAUUGGUUUCUCACAAAGGAUUCAGGUCAACCUAUCAAACUGUAUAAAAAGCAUUAGAUAGAUAAGUAUAGCAGUUUGCAUGACCGUCCGAGGUAGAUAAAAUAAAAUGUAUAAAAUAACAUAUUACUGAACUUUUAAUCGAAUCCCAAGUGAAACAUUUUAGUUUAAUAAAUUCAAUCAUAAAUAUUAGCUUACUUCAGUGAUGGUAGCUUACUUCAGUGAUGGUAGCUUACUUCAGUGAUGGUAGCUUACUUCAGUGAUGGUAGCUUACUUCAGUGAUGGUAGCUUACUUCAGUGAUGGUAGCCUUCUUCAGUGAUGGUAGCCUACUUCAGUGAUGGUAGCCUACUUCAGUGAUGGUAGCUUACUUCAGUGAUGGUAGCUUACUUCAGUGAUGGUAGCUUACUUCAGUGAUGGUAGCUUACUUCAGUGAUGGUAGCUUACUUCAGUGAUGGUAGCUUACUUCAGUGAUGGUAGCUUACUUCAGUGAUGGUAGCUUACUUCAGUGAUGGUAGCUUACUUCAGUGAUGGUAGCUUACUUCAGUGAUGGUAGCUUACUUCAGUGAUGGUAGCUUACUUCAGUGAUGGUAGCUUACUUCAGUGAUGGUAGCUUACUUCAGUGAUGGUAGCUUACGUCAGUGAUGGUAGCUUACGUCAGUGAUGGUAGCUUUUUAAACUCUUAUAAUCAGUGAGCAAGAGUUUUAGAUAUUACCUGGUACAUUUGGUAAAAUUAAAAAAAAAAACUACAGUUCACAGUUCAAAAUAGCAAAGGGCUUAUCCCCUCUGUGGCCAAAACUCUUGCUAUGAUUUUUUUAACAUUGUCUUGAGCUCAUUAUCAUCCUAUGGCUUAAGCAUCUCUUUGCUUUACAAACUGCACAAGUAUUUAAAAUUAGUCAUUAUCAUAAGAGGAAUUUCCAUCAAAAGAGAUCCUCCUGACACUGAGUCUUGUCUUUAUAAGAUUCAUCACUGAGGUAUAUCAUUAGCAAGCAUAACUUGAUCAAGCUUAUCCCCAUAACUUAUAAACAUGGCAGAAUUUUAAGUCAAAAUUUCACCACCCCCAUCACCCACUUUGAGAACCACUGGUUUAGAAUAGCUAGCUUUGAAAAAAUAACUUUUGGCUCCUUGGAUGGAUGUCAUAUAAAACUGUUGUGGGACACUUGAUGCUCAACACAGAAAUACAAAUACUGCUUGCUUUCAAGGAAUUCAUGUAACUUUUCCAGACUCUAGAAGUUCUCCUUCUUACAGUAGAGAUGGAGUCAGUCCGUACCCUGAGCUCAGCCUUCACAGUACAGGAACUGAUUGGGAGUAUCGCAACUCAAGGGGUGGAGUUAGCCCCAGUGAUCAGGACAGCCUGUCAGAUGCAAGUGGUCGGUCAUUGAGUGUCACCCCAACACAGGAGGUGGACGCAGUGUCUCCAUCUGUCACUCCAACACAGGAUGUGAAUACAAUGUCUCCAUCUGUCAGUCCAACACAGGAUGUUAAUACAAUGUCUCCGUCUGUCACCCCAACUCUCGAUGUGGAUCAAGUAUCUCACAAUGUCUCCCCAAAACAAGAAGUGAUUGAAGGUAUGCCUUGCAAUCUAACCCAAACUCAAGGUAACUAGGAGAUUACAUAACUAAAUUUAUCAAGAGUGUUGGUAGGUACAUGGGAGGGUGACAGGUACAUGUGUGGGGCAGGUACACAUGUGGUGGUAGCUCCACAGGUUGUGACAGGUACAUGUGUGGUGACAGGUACAUGUGUGGUGACAGGUACAUGUGUGGUGGCAGGUACAUGGGUGGUGGCAAGCACAUGUGCAUUGACAGGUACAUGUGCGGUGACAGGUACAUGGAUUUUUGCAGGUACAUGGGUGGUGGCAUGUACAUGUGUGGUGGCAGGUACAUGUGCGGUGGCAAGCACAUGUGCAUUGACAGGUACAUGGAUUUUGGCAGGUACAUGGAUUUUGGCAGGUACAUGGAUUUUGGCAGGUACAUGGUUCAUGGAAUUUCAAAAGAUUUCCAAAAAAACAUCCAAAAGAAAAAUGCUUUCACCAAAUCAAACUAAUUCAUAUAUAGUUUGCAGAUGCAUUUUUCAUAUUUUAUAAAGGCACUAAAACAAUUUUUUAAUUUCUAAUCAGAUCAAAAUGAGAGAAUUAUUAGAAAUGGAAACCUUGUUGAUUCUGGAACAACUCAAAUUCCACCAAAGUUUAGGAGGAGAUCUACAGAAGUCAUGUGUGAGGUGGAUACGGCAUUUCAAAAAGCCAUCUACAAGUCUCUCGCCCAUCCUCAGGACAAUGGAAAUAUCACAACACAAGAUGGCCUCACUGCAGGACUCAACACUUCUAGUAUGGCUAACGAUCACUACUCCAUGGAUCAAAUGAGACGCUUCUCGACCUUUGCAAGUCUGUCAGAAAUCACAAACGGCAGCGGGAAGUUUAUGGCUGAUGCUGAAACAUUUUAUCUGGUCCACCACAGCUUCCAGCUCCAGGGGUUCGACAUUGCUGCACACUACACCAACCAAUGGAAUUACCCAGUGUCUGAAUACGAUCACCAGUUGCAUAGGGCCAGGGUAUCAUCCGAGAAUCUUGCCCUUGUUGAGAGAUGCUUCAUGCACAAGGUCAGUCCAUUGACCAUUCUGGCCAUUAUUUCCGGUCGGAAGAAAACCGACAGCCUGGCAAAGGUUUUCAUCAAACAGCUGCCUCAAAGUACUCUUGAUAGAAUCAACAUCUUGUUGGAUGAGCCUGGCGUGAACUGCACAAGCAGCUGAUAGUUGCAAGACUACGAAUUGAGUGCAGUCUUUUUAAUAAUCUGUCCUGAGAAGAAACUGUAACUCCUAGAAAGCAUGUAGGUUAUAACACAGCAUGCUCAACCACUUUAUCUACGGUACCUAGUUAAGCUGAGGCCGAAGUUUGUGUGUGUAGAUGUUAAUGUCACUUCAGAGUUGUUGUUAUUCACUUGGUCUUUAAGGCUAUUUGACUCAAAUAGUGUAGAUUAACUUACUUUUAAUGCUUCAGCUAUUGAUAAAUGUACCACUCUUACUGUUAAUCAAGUGAUGGAAUCCAGCUUCACACAGUGUUAAACAAGACAGCAUGAUUUUAGUAUAGUGCACUAUGAUCACAUGAUGGAUACCUCUAAUAUCCCAUGAUGGAUACCUCUAAUAUCCCAUGAUGGAUACCUCU